AUGCGACUAGCCUUCAGCUCGUUGGCCUUCUUCUUUGCGUUCUUCCUUCGCAUUGUCGCUGCGGAGGCCGAGGAUGUCAUCAACGAUGAAACGAAUGCUUUGAGCGCACCAAAAACAAAGCUAGUUUUCAACGUAGAAGAUGAACUCGACUCGACGCACUACGAGAUCCAACCUCUAAUCUUCCAGGCUGUAAGUGUCAUGUCACUGGCGCCUAAGCCUGGCUACAAACUAAUAGCCAUCAAGAACGGUGAUGUGGACGUUUUUAGAUGCAAGGAGGAUGACGAGGACGAUCAAAUAGACGAAAUAUUGAUCAACAAAAACGCUGACGGUGACUUUAUCCUCGUCGGAUCGACGUACGGCAUCAGCUACUUCCAGAAAAUUGAUGGCAAAUAUUUCGAAAUAGAGAACGUGGAAGAUAUCCCCGAAACCGUCAAGGAAUUUUUACCACUCGAAACUGAUUCCGACAUAAUGAUGCCGGUAUGUGGAAGUCGCACCCUCGUCCCAAACAAGGGAACGUAA